AUGACCUGCUGGAGCAGGGCUAGGGGUGCGGCGCGGUGCCCCUCGGAGGCUUGCGGACCUGCUACCUUCUCCGGCCUUCCUCCUGGCUGCGGCGAGGUCACUGAGUGGCUGUGGUGCUGCCGAGGCCCAGCUCAGGCUGCAGAAUUGUGUAACCCGCGACCUCCGGUUCCCCCUCCGCCGCGACUGCAUGGCCACCCCCCCGGCCCUGCCACUGGUUCGCUGACUUGUGUGCCCGCCCACGGAUCUGCUUCUGAGUCCCGCCGCCAGCGACGCCUCCUUUCUCCAGCGCAGAAGCUGGAGCAGCAGUUCUGCCACGCAGGAAGAGGGACACUGGCUGCAAUAGUUAGUUCAGCACAAACUGCACAUUUUGUGCCCUCCCCGCCUCCAAAUUGCCUCAGUUACAAAUUGGAAGGCAGGCUUGGUGACCAGGACUGGCAAGCACAUUUUAAAGUCCCAUGCUGUGGAGUUGAUCCAUCUCAACUUGAGUUGCAGGACUGCAGUCAUGUCAUCAUCUGGAACAUCAAGUUCCCUCAGAAUAUCCACACAUCUCCCCAGCCCACCAUGGCAGAGGAAAUUGAUUUCACUACUGGAGAUGCAGGGGCUUCCAGCACUUCUCCUAUGCAGUGCUCAGCCCUGCACAAAAAUAGCUUCCUGGUGCUUAAAGGGGGAACCAAGCAAAGUCAUGGAGAUGUCAACUUCCAAGACUGGGAAGCAUGGUCAUGCCAAGAUACGCCUUGUUAGAAUUGACAUUUUCACUGGCAGAAAACAUGAAGAUAUCUGUCCCUCUACUCACGACAUGGAUGUUCCAAAUAUUAAGAGAAAUGAUUAUCAAGAUAUGUUAUCCCUAAUUGCGGGAAGAGGCCAAAGUUCAUAUCAAAUAUUCAGAUUCGUACCAGAAAAACCACACUGGUCCCUGAGGGAUAAGAUUUACACUGAACUACAUAUUAACUGUAGUGAAGAAUCUGUGCUCACAGUAGCUUCCGUUUUAAAGCAGGGGAAAAUGAAACAACUUCAACAUAUAUCUUUUCACAAUGGAAAUUUCCUCAUGACUGAAGAAGUUGCUGGUCAUUUUAUUUCAAUGUUCCCUUCUACCUCCCUCUUAACCACAGCAGAAGAGAUUAUUACAAGAAACAACUUCAGUUUUAUAUUUAACCAUAUUGUUACAUAGUUUCACUCACUAUAUUUAUUUUAUGUUGUGUAUUACACAUUCUUAUCUAUUAAUAUUAAUAAAUGGUAUUAAAUUA